AUGAGUCGAACACUGCCCGCCCGGCAGGCCGAGGAGCUGCACAAGUCGAUUAUAGCGUAUCUCGCGGCGAACAACCUCGCGAAUACCGCCACAGUGCUCAGGGAGGAACUCGACCUUGGGGAAGACGUGUUCGAUGCGGCGAUGACCAAGAAAUAUGAGACUCUGCUAGAGAAGAAAUGGACGAGUAUUGUCCGGCUACAGAAAAAGAUUAUGGACCUUGAGACUCGAAACGCGGAGCUUCAGUCCGAGGUUGACAACGCGACACCCUCGUCGCUCUCACAGAAAAACAAGGACCCCGCUUCCUGGCUUCCGAAAGCCCCCUCACGACAUACACUCGAAUCGCAUCGGGCGUCUGUCACCUGUGUUGCCUUCCACCCAAGAUUUACGUCGAUAGCCUCAGGCUCCGAGGACUGCACCAUCAAGGUCUGGGACUGGGAGCUCGGUGAUCUGGAGCAGACAAUCAAGGGACACACAAGACCAGUUUUAGACCUCGACUACGGCGGCCCCAAGACCGGCAUCCUGCUGGCUUCGUGCAGCUCCGACACGACGAUUAAGCUAUGGGACCCGGCAGACGGGUAUAAGAACAUACGCACGCUCUCAGGCCAUGAACACAGCGUCAGCGCAGUACGCUUCAUCCCCUCUGGCGGCACUGGAUUUUUCUCCUCAGGCAACAUGCUCGUCAGCGGAUGCGGCGACAAGACGCUUAAGAUUUGGGACGCCAACACGGGAUAUUGCGUAAAGACACUGAACGGGCAUGCGGGUUGGGUGCGAGAUGUGUGCCCAUCCCUCGACGGAAACUACCUCCUGUCUACAGGUGGCCACGAGCACGUCGUCGGCUGCUGUGCUUUUGCACCCCCUGCCGCGUAUGAGCAUCUGGCUGCUUUAGCGGGCCUAAAGAAGCCUCCACCAGCGACCAGUACAUCAGAGUUCAUGGCAACUGGGUCAAGAGACAAGACAAUCAAGCUGUGGGAUGCCAGAGGUAACUGUAUUAAGACCCUGGUCGGUCACGACAACUGGGUCUCAGGCGUCAUGUUUCAUCCUGGAGGCAAGUAUCUGCUUUCCGUAGCAGACGACAAGUCGCUGCGAUGCUGGGACCUCAGCCAAGACGGAAAGUGCGUGAGAACAUUGUCCAGUGCCCACGAGCACUUCAUCACCUCUCUGAGAUGGGCUCCAGCGAAGCCCAAAGAUACCCCUACGGGUAACGGCACAGCGAAUAAUGAUAACGACAACGCAUCUAGAAGAGCGGCGGCUGCUGCAUUAGAUAUAUCCGAUGCGCAAAUACGCUGUGUUAUUGCGACGGGUAGUGUCGACAUGACCGUCAAGAUAUGGGCAAAUUAA